AUGGUCACCGUCUCCCUCUCAAACGGCAGCUUCAUAAUCUGCCUCGCACUCACAUUCUUCAUCAACUACCUCUGCCACGUACCUCCCACUCCUACACCUGAGGCUACACCUACGAAGCCAUACUGGAAAGACCGCAUUGAAGUUUUGAAUGUUGUCUCUUGGAAUACAUGGAUCACCACCCUUCUCGCCUUGGUAUGGACAUACCACCUCAGUCUAAUCCUCUUCCCUACUCUCCAUUCAACCGUAUGUCGACACCCGGAGCUACUGAAUGAAGAUCUUUUCACCUGGAGCACCCAUAGCACGUUAUACAUCAUCGCCGUCUUUAUCUUCGGAAUGAUGAGACUCGCAGCCUACGCAAAGCUCGGGGAAAACUUCACGUUUGGGCUCACGGUGCCGAGCGGUCUUAUUACCACGGGAUUAUAUCACUACAUUCAACAUCCGUCAUAUGUCGCGCUAUUUGUUGUUCGUGCCGCGGAUUUCCUCUUCGUUGAGAGGCUUGAUGGGGUCGCGGCCUGCGUGCUUCCUGAGAGGAUUGUGAGGGUAAAUGGUUUGAGCGGAGGUUUUGCGGGUGUGUCGAUGGUGCUAUUUGCGUAUGGGAUCAGCCUAAGGGUUAGGGAUGAGGAGGAGAUGCUGAGCAAGGAGUUUGGCAAAGAGUGGAAGAUAUGGCAUAAGAGGACAAAAAGAUUUAUACCGGGGCUUUGGUGA